AAGCUGUCGGGGGGGGGAGCGGCCUCCGGGGCGCGGCGGGCCAGCCCGGCCCGCGACGAGGACGAGCACGGUAAAAAAUCCCAGAAGUGGGAUGAAAUGAACAUCAUAGCUACAUACCACCCAGCAGGCAAAGAUUAUGGCUUGAUGAAAAUAGAUGAGCCAAGUACUCCUUAUCACAGCAUGGUAGGAGAAGAUGAUGAGGAUGCAGUGAGUGAUUCAGAAUCAAAUGAGCCCUUAAAAGCAGAUGUGUUGAGUAAAAAACUGGCAGCUGCAGCUGAAGGUAAAGGACCUAAGAUCAUAGCAAAGCAAGAGGAAAGCAGUGAGGAGGAGGAAGAGGAUGAAGAAUUAACACCUGAAGAACGAGAGAAAAAGAAACAGUUUGAAAUGAAGAGAAAAAUGCACUACAAUGAAGGACGAAACAUCAAACUGGCAAGACAACUCAUUGCAAAGGAACUACAUGGUGAAGAAGAGGAUGAUGAGGAUGAGGAUGAAGAGAUGCAUGAUGCUGCAGAUGUAGAAACAAUGAAUACAGAAGCUACUGAACAUGGGGAAAGGAGGGCUCCAAUAGGCAACCUUAUGACCUUUCUCCAUGGCUUGAAGCUGCCAUCUCUCUGCACUCUGCUGUAAAACAGAGGCAACUCCGCUCCCCAGCUGCAUUCGCCAGUGGAAAGAAGGCACACCUUUGCAGCAUUUUUCCAUCUCUAUUGUUGAAGUCCAUUCCACCUUGCCUCAUAACCAGCUUCAGAGCCACAACUGGUAAUUAUCAAUUUUGGACUGCUCAUGGCCAAUAGAUUCCAUAAACGUAACUGUUUGCCAGUUUAUCAACCCAUUAACUAACUGGUUCACCUCCACACCAUGGCAUAUAGAAAUACUUUCCAUUAACUUGAUGUAGUUCUCAAUUCUUCACUUUUGUUUUGUAUCAUUCUGCUUAAACCUUGAUAUUUCAUUAUCUCCUAAUCUCUGUAUCAACUAUCAUAGCUUUUGGUCUGUGUACGUGAUCAAUUUUUCUGAGGUAAAGUACUGGUCUCACUUUUUGUAGCAGCUGGUGAAUUGAAUACCCUCAGACUGAUCAUGUGUGAUUCUUUGUGGCAGGGUUGGUCAAAGGACGAUGGAAUAUGGACAAAACAAUUAAUAAACCUCUCUGUCUUCUGCCACUGCCUGUGUUUUAAGAAAUUCCUACAUUGAGGUGAUAAAUGUUCAGCAACAAAGCUGUGCUAAAGUAAUGUCGAAGUUUUACUGAAGUAACUUUUUUGAGAGGACAACUCUUUAUCACACUCAUCUGUAUUCUGAGGGCACAGAAGAAUCUCCUUAUAAAUGUUGAUUAAACAGGUAUUAGGGCUACAGAACAUUUCUUAAAUAGCUAGUUUUAACAGUAGCUACUUGGGUUUUUUGCUAGUCUGCUUUGGGCCAUGCCAUGCUUUUGGUCAUAUUAAGCAAUUGGGUAUUUAAAACAGUAUUUCAAUUUGGUUGUUUCCUUCCUGGAAGUGGAUUAAAAUGCUAUUAAUAUUCUUGUUCCUGAGGUUCCCCUGUUAGGACUGUAAGCAUGUGGAAAGAUUUUUUUCAUCUGGAUAGCUUUUGAAGAGCUCUUUGACUUCACAUCAUAUUUUAAAGUGCUUUUUUAUAGAGCAGAAAAGGAGGGGUUUUACUCAGUGUAUUGGGUGAUGCAGGAGCUGAUUUUUGUGAUGGCUUAUUUUGGCUUCACUCCGUUAAACUGACUAACAGCUCUGACACUUGCCUUUAACUGCAAAGGAAAUGUCUGUCUUUUUCUGCAUGUUGUAUUGUAGAUACAUUUUGAUAGUUUCUUCCAUUUGACUUCACUUCUUCUGAAGUUACCGAGAUCAUCUGGUGAUGUUGCUACCACUCACCUACUAUGUCUGAGACUGUAAAUCUACCUAAGUGAGAGCAGUGUCUUUUUAUUCCAGUGGAAUAACAUGAUUUCUAUAGUACUGAUGAUCAUUCCAGGUAAAGAUGUGACAUAAGAGGUAUUUCUUAGUGGUCUGUUGUGACUCUAGGGCUCCACUGGCUUCUGGAUUGUUUUUCAGGCAAUUUGAGACCCUCUUCUCACUUGGAAUUUUAUUUGUCUGUGAAGAUCCCUUAAAGGUUCUGUCCUUCUCAGCUCCUGAUGUUCCUUUCUACCCUCUAAUCCUGUCUGGUUUGUAUUUGAGUAAAACUAACAGUAUUCUUCUAAUCCCUACAUUCUCCUUUUGAAGAAGGGGCUAAAGACUUAAGACAGCUUUUUAAGAAAGUUUCUGUCAGAUACCACCAGGUCUGCUAAUGAGUUGCGCUUCUUGGUUACAGACUGAGAUUUCUUGCUGAUUGAAAUGAAGAUGGCCAGUCCAGUCAGUAAUGGAACCUCAUAUGUUAGUUCUGCAAAUUGAUCUCUCUCAACUCCUGGGUUAAAUCCUCCCAGUUCCAGGAGUGUUGAGCAUUGAGUGCUUGGUAUGCUGAACAAUGGUGCUAGCCAUUUCUUCAGAACAUGAAGGUGAAAUAACUGUUUUAGAAGUUUCCACACUCUCAAACUAAAAGCUUGUGCAUUGCUAUGAUGGGUUGGCAAACAUUACCUUUGGAGAAGCAAAGAUGAUUUCAGGAGGAUAUUGUGUGCGUUUUGAAAAUAUUCAAUGAGUGUGAAGAAUUACCUAUUUUUUGUAAUCUUUCUUAUGCAGCACAUGCUACUCGUGACCAGCUGGAAAGUAGAGCACACAGCAUAGAAGAAAUCUGUCCAGAACUGUAACUGCUUGUCAAAGUCACAAAUAUAAACAUCGCUUCAUGAUUUUUUGCAAUUAAGGCUCUUAAAUAUUGAGAAGCAUAUCAGUUACAAUGUUGUAUUGCCAAGAAUGUUAAUUUUAGACUUGUCCAUUAGGCAGAAAAAACUGUCUAAUUGAUUUAUUCUUGUGCCUAGUAUUUCAUGGAGAAUACUGCUUCAUAAUCUGUUCAACCAGAAUGGCAUUCCCUGUAUGUAUAACACUGAUUAUCUUGCGUAAUAUACUGUUACUCUUCAUGCUUUGAAACAGACAGUAUCUUUUGGUUUUUCACUAUUUAUUUGACAGUGUUCUAGGUCUGGUAUCUGUUAUGGAAAGGUUUGGGAUUUAAGAGCCAAACGGUACAGCAUAUAUCAGAUUGACAUGCAAGCUAUUUAUCAGAUGUGUUGAGCAGUUUAAAAAGGGAUUAUUUAAGUCUUACAACUUCUUUGUAAAGUGUUGACCUGUUAAUCUAGAUUUCAGUACGUUAUUACCUGUACUUCCCCAGUCUUUAGAAGAGCUGUAUUAUUUUUUAGGAGUGGUGUUCAGAAUCAGUUGUUAGUUUCUGACUAAGGCAAUACUAACAUCUGGUGGAGGGAAUGUUUUUACACUGGAAAUGUGUUAACUUGAACUUUGCAUUUAACUGUCAUUAUCUCUUCCAUCGGGACUGGAUGUUUUGUGGAGCUCUCUUUUGACUUAUCAUGAGAACAUGGAAGUUCCCUCCAACUUUUCUCUUAAAACCACAUCCACUGUCACUCUUCCAGCUCUUGUUUCAAACUUUUGGUCCUUUCCAGUUGCAUGAAGAGUGCUUGUGCUACUAGCACUUGAGGAAAAAUGCCCAGCCAUGAGCAAAUCCACAUCAGGACUGUGAAGAUGAGCUGAGUUUAGGCUCUGGCUGUUCUUUACAUAAAGAUAACUGCUGAUGAUCUCCUACUCAUUUGGGGUUGGCAACCUGCGUACUGAAAACCACUGGUCUAGAUCUUGCUGUACCCAUUGCAACUUACAGCAGCUGCUUUUGUAAAAUGAAGGCUGUUUGGAAGAAUAGAAGGUAAACUGCCUAAUUCAAAUACUUGUUUACAGUGUGGUUGUACAGCCCCUGUAAAGAGGGAUUCUGAACCUCCAAAUUGCUGUAAACAACUUCCCAUUUGGUGGAAUUUGACUGGUGAAUGUUCCAGUACUCAGAGUAGUUCCUGGGUUUUAUUACACAAAUGAAGUAUACACUUAAGCUUUAGUUUGGUUAUGGAACACAGUGUAUAUCUUAAUUUUGAUCUGAAUUUGAUAUGUUGCAAAAAUCCAUAUAAUUAUAUGGAUCUAUUUUAAAAUGUCUUUUUGUCCACUGUAUAUGUGAAGUUUGAAUAAAGGAAUGAAAGUUAUUUUACAGUUA